CGAAACUUUUUUGAUUUUUAUUUUUGUGCAACAUCAAACAAAGCAAUUAGGUGAGUUUCGGUUGUGUAUAAAUAUGUUUCGUGCGAUGAAGUUAUUUCAUUCGAAUGUUUUGCCUCAGUCAGGUCACUUGAUACGCGCCAUUUCCAGAAAUAUUACAACGAAACGUAAAAUGUCAUCAGAAAAGCCGGUAACGAUUGGAACUCACAGCGGCAUUUUCCAUUGCGACGAAAUUUUGGCAUGCUUUAUGCUCCGUCAACUACCCCAAUACGCCAAUGCGAAGAUUUUGCGAAGUCGCGACGAAAAAGUACUGAAAGACUGUGAUAUUGUGGUUGAUGUUGGCGGUCAGUAUGACAAAAGCAAAAAUUUAUUCGACCACCACCAAAAGUCCUUCGUGCACACAUUCAGCAGCCUCCGUCCAGAAUAUCCCAAUUACGAUAAGGUGCGCCUAUCGUCGGCUGGACUCAUUUACACCCAUUUCGGUGAGGAAGUGAUUCGGGAAAUUUUGAAAAAGCAGUGCGACCUAACGAUCGACAACCAUUUGUUGGGAAAGAUCUUCGAAAAGGUCUACCAAGGACUGAUCCAAGAAAUCGACGGCAUCGACAAUGGUGUGCCAAUGUUCGACGGCGAACCGAAAUAUCGCAUAACGUCGGACAUUAGUUCCAGAGUGGGCCGAUUCAAUCCCGAUUGGAAUGCGACAGAAGGCGUUGACGUGCAACAGCAGUUCGAAAAGGCCAUGGUAAUUGCGGGCGAAGAGUUCCUCGACCGAGUGCUGUAUUACGGCAGCGUUUGGCAUCCAGCCAGAGCGAUUGUGGAGGAAGCACUCGAGAAUCGCUUCACAAUCCAUUCGUCCGGACAGAUUUUGAGUCUCGACCGCAUUUGUCCGUGGAAAGACCAUUUGUUCGAUGUGGAAAAGGAGAAGGAACUGGUCGGCGUGGCAAAGUAUGUUUUGUUCUGUAGCGGUCGUGAUGACUACCGGGCCAUUGCCGUACCAAAGGAACCGGGAAGUUUCAUUCUACGCAAAGCACUGCACAAAGAUUGGCAGGGUGUUCGUGAUGCUGAUCUGCAGAAAAUAUGUGGCAUUGAAGGAGCAGUGUUCGUCCAUGCAACUGGUUUCAUUGGCGGCAAUAAAACAAUGCAGGGAGCGCUUGAGAUGGCCAUCAAAAGCUUAGAAGCCGACGAAUGAUUUGGUUUUUUGUGAGUUUUAUUGAACGAAAGGUUUUGCUACUUACACGAACGAGAAAUUGAAUAAAAUUUACGCCACUUCAACGGCACUGCUU